AUGGACACCGACCUUCCAGCCCCCCUGUCUCGGGCCUUUCUCAAAGUAACUAGGGUACAUGCUCAAGUGUGCCCUAGGGUGAGCGCCCCCAACUUGCCCCACAGCGUGACGGUGGGGCACGGUCGCCCCAGACCCUCGGGGCGCUGGGCCACCCGCACCGCCAGCCCUGCCCUCCGCGUGGUUCCAGCAGCCACCCCAGUCCACGCCCCGGGCCCGCCGCGCGCCCUGCGUCCGGCCCGGGGCCCGCCGCGCUCCGCCCCGCUCGCCCCGCCGCUGCGCGCGGCCUCCUCGUCGCUGCGCGCGGCGUCCUCGUCGGUGCGGGUGGCGUCCCCGUUGCUAGGUGGCUCCGGCGGCUCCCGGGGCUCCGGCAGCAGCCCCUCCUGUCACCAUGGCGACGCCGCGUCCCAGGCUCGCGGCUCGGAACCCAACGCAGGUGGCGAGCGGGCCUGGCUCCCCUGGUCUUCCCUUCGCGGGAUCUCCUUGGCAGGGCCGCCAGCGGGUAAGCAGCGCCGCGGUGACUGUUGGGGCUGUGGAGUCCCACGGCUGCCGAGGCACUGCUCGAAAAGAACACAAAGUUACAGUGUUAGUAUUGAGCCCACAUUGCUAAUGACACUUUGCUUUGUUGUCCGCAGUCUUGGUCCUGAGUUUUGUAUUCCCGAAAUCCCCAGAAACUACCUAGAUAAGAAAGAUGUUGCAAAGGUACCAAAAAGCAGACAGAAUGGAAGAUUGCUAGUGUAUGAUUCAAAAGAAAAAGUGAUGAUUGACACAAAUAAAGAAGUGUCACGCAAAUGCUGCUUUGGACUCAGACCAAGAUUGGCAAGCAAGCUUUGUGCACAGAUCUCCCCAGGUGCAGCUAAUACAUUUUCAGCAAAAAAAGAAGCCUCUUCAAAGAAGAAUGAAAAUAAAGUCUCUUUUAAAAAUAGCAAAACCAGACCAUCUUCCAGGAGUAUUGAAAGUAAAGAUCACUUCAAUCAGCAUCUUGACCUGUGGUCAUCUUCCUUCCUACAAGAAAAUACAGGUGAAGCAGGCAAGGAUUUGGUCCUUGUAAAGCAGCAGAAAAAUAGUGAGUAUUGCCUUGAGGACCUCGAGAAGCUGUCAGAGUCGACAGAUGGUGAUGGAGAGGAUGAUUCCAAUGAUGAAGAUGAUGGGGCCCCUGUUAGAAAGGAGACUCGUGCCCCAUUGGAGUUAAUGGCUGAAUUCCUGAGAGCAGAAAUGGGCCGAGACUACCGGCUAGCACAAAAAUUAUGUCAGAUGAUCCUUAUCUAUGAACCAGAAAAUCCCGUGGCCAAGGAAUUUUUCUCACUUAUUGAAGAAAUAUUGCUGAAGGAGAAAGCUCAGAAGAGCGAGGACGAUGAAGAGGACAGUGAGGAGGACACGAGCAGCGAGAGUGAGGCAGAGAGCAGUGAGGAUGGGAGUGACGACAGCUCCGACAAGUGUGAAGAUGGGUCCUAACGGCCGCCGCUAUGGAGAAUUAUUUUCAAGAGUGUGUGCCAUGCAAAUGCAAAUAUAAAGAAGAGAGACAGUGC